CACGUUGGCAGUCCUGCUCGAAAAAUAUACAAAAUGGCGACGGCGAGAACCCGUUGAUGUCGCCGAUCCCGUUGUAAAUCAGUCGCAAAAUCGCCAAAAUAAAGUGAACGCCGGCCUGAAACCGCCCCCAAUGUGCAUCCGAAAAACCUGAGUGUCCCUGACAAAUGUUCUACGGCGGGACUUGCGAAUGAAAGUAGUGAAAAACGUGCUUAAAAAAUGUGAUGUUGUUUCUUUGUCUUUAUUGUCGACGAUGUGAAGUGCGGUCGUGUUGCUGUUGAGUUUUUCCGCCCGUUUUCCACCCCCAGACGCCCUGCAGCCUUCGCCGCCGCCGCGGGACCGUGCCACAUUCCCCUCGAUUUAUCAAGACUGGAACCCCAUUUCUACGAAACUGACUACUCUAUCCAGUAACCCGAUUUUGAGAAAAGAAAAACAACAUUGGCAGAAAAACUAAUCUCUACGGAACCCAGAGUUUAGAGGCGGCGAAGAAUUUAUGGGUUUAAUUUUAUAUCCACGUGGUACCUUCACAUGUGCGCAACAGCGAUUGUCGCCCAAGGCUCGGCCCCCGAUCGACCCAAGAUGAGGUAAAAUGCUCUCCAGCAGCACGUCGGCCGUCUACCAGUACCUCCACGACGAUGCACCUCCUCCAGUGCGUCGACACGAGAACAUUGCCGGAACGAUGUUAAAACCUAGUGAGUUUCGCGAGGAACCGACGCCGCCGCCGUCGCCGGCGAACGGCGUCGUCGGCAAGAAACGACGCCGCCGCCGCGUCAAAUAUAUCUGUGAUUGUCCGUUACUUCAACAAGACUGUGGACCUAACAACUGUACUAUUAAAUUAAGACUAUUGCUAAGUUUAUACGUGUUUGUAACAAUAUGUACGUGCCUAUUAACGAGAUUAUCGUCAAUUUUCAAGAAUUCCAAGCUCACGUGUAUCGCCUACAAGCCGUUGUUGCUUUAUUGUUUGUUAUGUAGUGCGCAUGCGUACUCGAACGAGUUUGACAAGUCCGAACAGCUACUCGACAAGCUAAACCUGGAGCAGAGCAUCGCGGCCGUCUUCAAUAAGGUCGCUUACGGCAGCACGACGAAGAGAUCGAUCCCGGACAACGCCUAUCCGGUCACGACCUUGGCGACGCCGCUGCUCACGACCUACAGAUACUCGGACGGCAACGAAGAGUGGCUGAGGGUCGACGUGAAAAAUAACGAUAGGCCGUCGGGGCGCAGCAGCGUCGACUUCGAGCCGGCCGAAUACGACACCAACGAGAAGAAGGACGACGGCUACGGGGCCGAAUUAGAGAAAGAUCACGUGCUGCCGACGUCGGCGCCGGCGGCGGACAUCUUGAAGAACAACAACAACAAGCAUUACAACAACCCGAAUCGGUACAACAACGACCGGUUAAGGCCGGACUUUAUGCCGGACUCGCAGGAGCAAGUCACGGAGAACGUGUACAAAACCACCACGGCUUACAACCUCCUGCGUAACGUCAGACCGACGAAAUCCAUGUACAGUAAAGACAUUCCCAGUUACGUUCCUCCGAGUCGGGCGUUCUUCACGCCGCCGUUACCUCCAGAAUAUCAAAAUCCCUUCGCCGAUAAACCGACCCUGAGGGGGACCAACUCGGAUGGGUUCGCGAGCAGGCGACCGAUCCCGCCCCCUAGCUUGAUGCCGAACAAAGAUCGAAUACCGUUUAGGCCCGACUUACCCAAAGUCAACGCCGAAAGAAUACCAGAGAAGCCGAACGAACAACCGAAGCCGAAUCCCCAGAACGAUAAAAACGAAAAGAAGAAGACUCUCAAUACGCCCUCGCAGAACGCAAAGAUUGGAGAAUUUUACGGGUUGAAUAGGAACCACAAUGAGACGAGUUUUGAGUACGAGAAGAGCUAUGCCCCCGAGCCGUCAAUCACGAGGAUCUUGAGCGGGUCGAACGGAAGACACGACGAUAUACAGAUUCCUGAUAUUCUGUAUCGAGCGGUAACGGCAACUCCUAAUGUUCAACGCCAAGAACCCAAAACAACAAAAACUAGAGCACCAGCGGCCGAACCGUCGCUCAAAGUACAAGAACCCGAAGGGAAAAACACCAAAACGGAGGUUCAGGAGGAAGUCGAAGAUAACAGCGAACCGGCGAUCACCAAAAAGGAAAUCGUACAAGAAGCUAAACCCCCAGAUCGGACUGAAAGCGUCACUAUUAAGAAAGACAUCCCGGUGCAAGAAAAGAAACACGCUGAGGACGUGACGACGCAAAUGUCUGACAUGGUUAACUUACCCAACGUGAAGGAGAAGGACACUAGUAAUGUUACUAAAGCCAGUUCGGAAGAAAUUUGGUUGAUUUGUUGGAACGUCCACGUGUAUUUGGUCGUUUUCGGGUACAUUCUUCUCGCGAUUUAUUCAAUUUAUAAAUUGAUUCGGUACGAGAACGAUCCACACAUGUUUUCGAAGAGUUACUUCCUCACUAUCCAUCUCAUGCUGACCGUGAUCUGCGUCUUAAGAAUAUUUUACUUAACGUACGACCCCUACAACGUAGACAAGUCGUUCAAUAUUUUCCUCUACGAGUUCUUACACAGUUUCCCUUUAAGUCUCCUGGCUACAACUUUCGCUGUUCUUAUUUUGUUCCUACUGAAGCGGACGUUGACUCACCUGGAAGUGAAAACUAGGCCAGUUUUUCUUGUCGUUUUCGCUCUUUUACACAUCGUCUUGUGUUUCUGCCUCAGCACCUUCGAGAAUUUCGGUCAUUUCGAGAAGGCGAGUUUGAUUGUGUGCAGGCCAGUGUUCGUCCUAUUGGCGUGGGCCUUAGGCUUUAGUUACUUAUAUUUAUAUCGCAUUAUCAAGAAUGUUCUGGCGAAGAAAAGCCAAAACCUGUCGGAAAUGUGCACCCAGAAUAUAUCUUACGCUUCUCACAUCACCAUCGCCGUCGCCCUCCUCUUCGUCCUUUUGGGUUUCGUGCAAUUAUACGCUUUGUUCUUCAUCAAGGAAGACCGUUUCAACGGCGAAACGAAACACCAUUGGAUUUUAUGGGGUUUCGAGUUGUCGGUGCGCUUCCUCGAGAUCUCCAUUAUCACCCUCUUGGCCAUCGUCGUGAGCUUGAAGAUGUCGCAACGAGAAAAACAGACUGCUGGCGGUUUUCCUUUGUUCCCGUGCACCACGAGCGAUUCGAGUACUGACAACAUCUACCCCAACAACUGCAAUACGAAUCCCAACGCACUCAACUACAGCCGGAACGAGAUGAUCAUGGACAAUAUUCCGUCGGAAACGGUUGAAAGGCCGAACCUCCUCAAGAACGCCUUCCAGAACGAUUCGUUCGACAAGAAGUCGACUCUCGAGAGGUACCACAGCGAUUCGGAGCGCAACAGCAACUUUGAUCGGUUCGAGCGGCCGAAUUGGGGCUCGGAUCGCUUCGAAUCGCGCCAGAACGUGGAUCAGACGAGCUUGAAUAACUUCAUUCAGCCGAGUUCGGGGCAUUUCGAGCGCGGGGCUCACAACUCGUCGCGGAACUCGGCGAGGAAGACGUACGAUUCGGCCAAGUACUACACGAAGCCGAAGUACGAAGUGGAGUACAACAACGAGGAUUAUCAGCACGAAGGUUUCGGAGGGAACACCCAAGACAGGAAUAUUUACAGCGAACCUGUUGAUAAUAAUCACCAGUACGAGAGGACGAGGCACGAAUUCGAGCGCAACGACUUCGACAGGCGUUCGAGGAACUCCUCGAAUACUUCGGGGAGACGGUCUACGGGUCGGACGCGCAAGAAUCACGCGAGACCUCACCUGGGGGUCCAGACGUUGCCGAACCACGACGGCAGGCACCAGAUCCAGGACUCGAUGCUCGUGGACGAACAGGGUUUCGUAAGGUUCCGGCAUCUGCAGGACGAAGUGGAGAAACCGAAAAAAUCAAAGAAGCAACAGAAUAACGACGUGAGUCAUUUCAGUGACGCGUGAAAUACGUUUUGGGAUUCGGUAUGCAAAAAGGGCGGUUCGAUAGUAGCGGUUUAAAUAUUUAUUACGUUGCGAAAGUCUUAUUCCCGAGGUGUCCGCGAGCUGGUGUGGACGUAGAUUUAGAGACGUCUCGCACAAUUGUUGGAUUUUCUAAAGAAGUAACAUUUGGUGCGGUGCAAUCGAGUGAAACUGAGAACGGAUAUAAAGUACACAAUUUCAAAAGGAAAGAAGUUGAGAUCGUUGUCGGUUUAUGCCGGCGGCAACUGUUGCAAACGUUGGAGUUUUACGAAAUAACCGAAAUUCGUCGACUGGGAGUAUCCCUAUGUGCUUAAUAAUCAAAUCGACCUCUGCCGAGCUCUACGGAGUUAAAUGCAAAUUGGGUAAAAUGAACCCUGAUUGCAUUUUAUCGAUCAUAAAGUAAAGGACGAGACGCGGAUGCUUUAUGAGGGCAAUUAUGUUCCGUUCUUGUUUAAUCCGUUGUUUUAUGUUCGUUCUCAGUUUAACUCCGUUAUAAAUACUGUGAUGGCUGUCGACGAAAAUAAUUUAUCGUUCGGAAAGAGUCGGACGCUUCCUCUUGUUUGACUUGGAUUAGUUCGAAGGUGGUCAAACAGAAAGUUGCCAGAUUUAGCACCGGUCGAUAUCUUUGGGUAAACUCAUCUAGCGCGUUCGAUGCUGCUUUGUGAUACUCGAGUGAUUUUAGCUUCCAAAUUAAGCGGAUCUAAAGCCAGGCCCCUACUUAAUUUACGUCACAUAAGAAUUUAAAAAAUUUCAAGAAUACUCAAUCGAUAAUUUAAUAUCGGUAAUAAUUUAUGAGCUGACUCAUCCUCGCUUCAGAUUAAUAAAGUCUAGCGUUUCUCAUAAAGUAAUCUAUUAGGAGUGAUAUUUUACUUGUAAACUAAUUAAUUAGGGAAGGUUAAAGUACGGCGGGCGAACUUUCCACGCCAAAAGAAAAUUUCUUUUCUUAGCCACUCCACAAGAAUCUCAAGGAUCACGGGAACAGAAUUUCUAUACUUUGUUAGCAACUAUCUCUUGCUCGGCUGACGGGUAUUCUCAACAAGGCUUGUCCCAGAAGAACUCUGGCGUAAUAAUUCGACGUAAAACCACCACCUUCAUAAAAAACUAGAUACGUAAUCCAACGAGAUGUGUCUGAGGAAAGCCAAUUUGUGCGGCAAUUUUGUCUGGGACAAGCUUGAACCGAGUUUCGGUUUACAGCCGCUAGUCCGUUUCAGUAAUCAACAAAUACAAAUAAUUUUUAGUUUUGUAAGAAUUGCAGGGUAUUCUAAGUGAGUAUUAAAAAGCAAAAAUUGUGAUUAUGCGUAGGUACUUUAAAGCAAUAAGUUUUCGGUUUGGUAACUAAUUUGCGUUUUUUGGCAAUAAUGCGGCCCUCGUGGUAGAAGUUUUAAGUCGUCAAUUAGGUCGAUGCGGAAUGAGGAAUUACGCGUUCCGGGUAUUAUGUCGCGUGAAAUUUUGGGCACCUCUACCACUGUACAAAAUUGGAUUCAAUAAAGACAACUUUGUGAUAGACUUCAUGACAGAUCCCGAUAUUAUUUUUUCACGUUGUUGUUGUUGAUCCGCACCAGCUCCCGGAGCCCGAGAAUUUUGUUGAAUUUGUGUGAAUGUCUCGAAUUGCCUAUGAUAUCGAUAUCAGGAGAGACGGUUUCGGCCUAAUCAAAAAUCUCACUUUUGGGGAAGUGCAACUUCCGCUUUUUGACGUAAACAUGAACAAAGCAAAUAUGACAAAUUAGAUAGAGUCACGUAAACGGUGAUAAUUUUUCCCCCGGGGUGUGAAUGCCGGGAAUAAAUUUAAUAAUAAAUAAAAGAAAUAAAUUCACUAAUUGUUAGAUUAUAGUGUAUGUACGAUUAUAUACUUUACAUGAAAGAUAAAGUAGCAACAGUGUAUAAAAAUUUGCAAAAUGUACAUAUUUAUAAUGUUAAGUAAUGACUAUAUAAUUUUAAUUUUUUAUAUAAUUUUAUAACUUCUUUGUAAGAUACAGGGUGUUCGUGUUGAAACGGCAGCUAUGAUGACAAACUUAUCUCCUUAUUUGUUGAGUUUCCUACCCGAGUCCCUCCUAUCUUACCCUGUAUGGUUUAGUUUAACCGAAAACUGACUGAAAAACUCGAUAUUAUCCAUGUAUUUAUUAUAAUUCGGGCUAAAUACACGAAAAAUUACCGUCCUAAUGACCAAAUAAGCGCGCGAAAAUUUGCUUCCGAGAGCGCUUUUUCGCGUGCCACUCGAAAUUUUGGUGCGAGUCGGCACUGUUGUAGAUGUCUUUGUUUUUGUAUAUAUGUAUCUAAUAUUUGCCAAUAUUUAGCCUUGCCAUUUUUAACUGCUGGGUUUUAUAUAUAGAAGAUUAAAACGAAACAUUUAUUUUUGUAUAUUAUGUUCAGUAUUAUUUUUUUACGUUCACAGUAUUUAUUAAAAGACACUGUAACGGUGUUUUUGCAAUUAUUUUAACUCACAACGAGUCGUGACGUAGUUUUAUCGCCAUUUUUAUUUUCCUCUAACUUUCAAAGACUUGUUUAUACAUUCCUUUACUUGCCACUGUUUCUUUUUUAUAUAAUGUUCCUAAGUGACGUACUUAUACCAGUAAUUCUGACGUUUUUUGCCAGUAUUUCUAUAACGCCUCUACUUGUAUUAGUAUAGAAAAAUAACAUUUUUUGAUUUUUGAGUGUCACACGAAAUGUUAUUUUUAACGAUAUAAGUGAAUUGGUGAUUUUUAAAAUGUACAAAUAAUGCAAGUGUUGUUUACAUUUUGUAAGUCAUCACAUUAUUUAUAUAAACAACAUUGACUUCAAUUGUAUUAUAUUAUUGUAAAAUAUAAACUAUGUCUUA